AAAUACUUUUUCGAAUUUCACAAGAAAUAAGAAAAUUAAAUCACUUUCAGUAUUGUUGGUAAAUUCUUGACGUUUAUGCUUAACUUGCAGAUAAAUGGGUGUUCCAAAGUUUUAUCGAUGGGUAUCGGAGAGGUAUCCUUGCCUCUCCGAGGUUGUCAAAGAAUUUCAGAUUCCAGAGUUUGACAACUUGUAUCUUGAUAUGAAUGGCAUUGUUCAUGUGUGCUCUCACCCUGAAGAUGACAACCCACACUUCAGAAUUACAGAGGAAAAGAUCUUCACAGAUAUCAUGUACUACAUCGACUUUCUGUUUCGCAUGAUAAAGCCCCAAAAGGUGUUCUUCAUGGCAGUGGAUGGGGUGGCACCUAGAGCAAAGAUGAACCAGCAGAGAGGGCGUAGAUUCAGGUCUGCACGUGAGGCUGAAGAGUUGGAGAAGCGAGCCCGUGAGAAAGGCGAGACACUGCCGACAGAAAAACGCUUCGACUCCAACUGCAUCACGCCAGGUACCCCAUUCAUGGUGCGUCUUCAAGAACAGCUCAAGUACUUUGUGGUGCAGAAAGUGAGCCAGGACCCACUGUGGAAGGGUGUACGCAUCUACCUGUCCGGACAUGAGACACCCGGUGAGGGUGAACACAAGAUCAUGGACUUCAUCAGGGCCGAGAGGGCAGGCCCAGGCUAUGAUCCCAACACCAGGCACUGUUUGUAUGGACUGGAUGCCGAUCUGAUGAUGCUAGGGCUGGCCACACAUGAACCCCACUUCUCCCUCUUAAGAGAAGAAGUCCGUUUUGGAAAAAUGCCCAAGCACAAAUCAGCUAAGAGACCCCAGACCCCUGAAGAAACCACGUUCCAUCUGCUGCACCUGUCUCUAUUCCGGGAGUACCUGGAUUUUGAGUUCUCCGCCCUCCGUGAUACGUUGACAGACUUUAAGUACAACCUAGAGAAUGUCAUUGAUGACUGGGUUCUCAUGGGUUUUUUGGUGGGCAAUGACUUCAUACCCCACCUGCCCAACCUGCAUAUCAACCAUGAUGCCUUGCCCCUUCUGUGGAGGACAUAUAUGGAGGUGCUGCCUCAGUGUGGAGGAUACAUUAACAAUGGUGGAAGGCUGAACUUAGAAAGGUUUGAAAAAUACCUCGCUGUACUCUCAAAGUUUGACUUUGACACGUUCUCAGAGCAGGCUGGAGAUCUCAAGUGGCUGGAGUCAAAAAAAAAUGCGGCCAGCGCAGAGCAGUCAGAAUUAUUGUCAGCAGCCAGGAAACUUCACAAGAACCAGGAGAAGUCCGUAGCUAGACAGAGUAUGAACCAGUUUGCCAUGUUGGACAGCCUGGCUGAUGUAGAUGAUGAUGAGGAGUUGGGUACAGAGCUGAUACCUCGAUAUGGGGAGGACCCUUCAGAUGAUUUCUCAGAGGAAUUUUCAGAAGAGGACACAUUGGACGAUGAAUUCCGCCACCACAAGAGGAACUAUUACAUGACCAAGAUGGAGUAUGCACAUGUCACUCCUGAAGUACUGCGUGACCAGGCGGAGGGCUAUGUGAGAGGCAUUCAGUGGAUUCUGCUGUACUACUAUGAAGGGGUGCCUUCUUGGAGUUGGUUCUACCCACACCACUAUGCACCAUACAUGAGUGAUGUUAAGGACUUCAAGGAUAUGUCCUUGACCUUUGACCUGGGCACCCCGUUCCUGCCAUUUGAGCAGCUCAUGGCUGUGCUGCCUGCAGCCAGUAAAGAUCUCCUGCCACGGCCAUAUCAGAGCUUGAUGAUCAAUGACUCGUCUCCUGUGAUUGAUUUCUACCCUCCUCAGUUUGAGACGGAUCUCAAUGGAAAGCAGCAAGACUGGGAGGCUGUCGUGCUCAUCCCCUUUAUUGACGAGAACCGUCUUCUAGAAGCCAUCAGGAUGGUGUCCCACUUGCUGACGGAGGAGGAGAAGUCUCGUAACAUACACGGCCCCCACCUGCUGUACAUGCACUCUGAGACUCCUGGUGACCCCUACCCGACCUCUCUACCCGGCACCUUCCCAGACAUUGCAGUCAACCAUGCCAGGUUAACGAAGAUCGAGAAGGCUGCGUUCCACCUUGCCUCUAGUGAGCUGAGGAAGGGGCUGCUUUCAGGGGCCAGGCUGGAUGUCUUCUAUCCAGGCUUCCCUACCCUCAAACACAUACCUCACAAGGCAGAGCUCAGCAAGGAAGGUGUGAAGGUGUUUCAGGCCAGUAGUCGUGGUUACAACAUGAUGCUGCAUGUGGAGGAUGGCUGGUGUAGCAAGGAUAUAGACCAGGUGGCGAAGGAAUACCUCGGCGAGGAGGUCUACGUCAACUGGCCCCACCUGUACGAGGCCAAGGUUGUGGCAGUCUGUGAUGACUACUAUAGUUACACCUAUGUUGAGGGUGACAAGUCCAGUAAAUCAGGUACGACAAGUCCACGCAUUAACCGUGUCGAGCAGGAUGGUAACAUGGCCAACAUAUGGUUCAAGGAGAGGGAUUCAAUCGCUGAAAGAUACAAGGACCGGCUUGGGGUGGUGGUUGGCGACACCAAGAUUCUGCUGAGAGCUCUACCCAUGACUGGCAGAAAAUACAUCCUGUCAUCACAUGGAAGGGUCACUAUGGAGAAGCAGUUUGGGAACCAGCCAGUGGCAUUUGCUUUACAAGCAACAGUGAAGGACUUGACGGUGCAUUACUCUAGUUUCUGCCAGUUCACAUCCCUGACUGACUACCUGCCAGCUAGCUGCCAGGUGUUCAUGCUGGGAUGGCCCCACUAUGGCUGCCAGGGAGAGGUGCUAGACACUGACCUGCAGAGUGGCCGGGUCAGAAUCAACCUGUCUAUCAUCGAGGAGCCUAAACUGAGUGAUGUGCUCAACAACCAGGCGGACCAUGAUGAGCAGUAUUUCCAAGGGUAUGUGCUUGCUCAGAGACUUGGCAUCAGCAGCCACCUGUUCUCUCGACUCACAGGCUGUGUAUUCAUCACCGCCGGCAUUGCCGAGGUAGUCAGUCAGCAGCAGAACCCUCAUAGGGUAAAUGUGGGUUUGAACUUGAAGUUCACGAAACGCCAGGAGGAGGUACCAGGCUUCACCAAGCUUGCAGAAGGGAACCAGUGGCUCUACUCCAAUAAAUGUGUGGAGAUUCUCAAAGAGUACAUGAAGAAGUUCCCUGAAAUGUUUGAGAUUUUAUCAAAGUCUGACCCGAAAGGAAACGAUAACUUCUAUGAGUCUGAAGUGAUACCUGCACAUUGCUCCUACAAGUUGAAGGAUGUACAGGAGUACAUCAAGGGACUUGCAUGCACGAAUGUUAAAUCACAGAAGAUAGGGGCCGACCUUGUGCCUGAGGGGGUUAUACUGUCGCUGCAGAGGGAGACAGACAAGAUUGUGGAGAUAAACAGAAAACGCCAGAAAAGGAUUAAAAUGCAAGUGAAGCCUCAUCUUCUGUAUCGGCCAAUGAUUACAAGUGGGGCACUGAUUCCGGACUCCAGUGCCACCUACCAGCUGUUUGAUCGGGUGGUAAACACGCGCCAGGGAUUCUCAGUACCGUUCGGACUCCGUGGUACGGUUGUGGGCAUUGAUCCAGCUGAGGUGGAAGUGAACAUGAUGUACGAAGUGCUGUUUGAUGAAGACUUUGCUGGCGGUAUUGCUAUCAGGAAUUCUUCUAUGAGAGGCUACAGAAUGCCACCAUCAGCUCUUCUGAAUCUGUCUCAUGGCCAGCGCAAGAAUGGUUCCAAACCAGACAAUAUCUCAGAGGCCCCGGCCCAGAAUGCAUACGGAAAACACAGGAACGUCAGCCAAGAUUAUACAUACGCUGAUGCCAGUGUAAAUCAUUCUCAGGGUCAAGGUAAAGGUCAGCAGAUGCGGCCAGGCAGUUCAGGAUACCAUGACAACAGGGGAGGUCACAAUGAAGGGCAUACAGGUCGGGGCUCGGACAGUAGAGCAACUGGCCAGAGACAUUAUUCUGGGCCUGUAAACAAGAUGGUGUUCAAUGGGGCUAGUGCUGGCAACAUGUCCCCGAGGUUUGUGACGCCCAAAGUUUCCCCGGGCAGCGCAGGCAGGGGCUCUCAAAGGCCAGCCAAUCAGAACAGGGCUGGGGCUUCAAACCAGAAUAGUAAUGCAUCAAAUUCAGUGUUUGAAGACGUGUGGAAACAACUGCAGACAUCUGCACCGCAAGAUGCUGCAGGUGACAAGGGGACAUCACUGGCCCAGGCAUCAGCUGUUCUGCCAAGAGUGACCUCCCCUGAAAAUUCAAAAUCCACAGAAGCAAGCACCAAGAUAGAUGUUCAGGCCCUUUUUACACAGGCCAGUAAGGCCAGCGAUAUUGGAAAUAAGCCAAGUGGGUCUGCGGGGCAGGCAGUAACGAAUAAUGAGUUUACAGCAAUGCUGAGGUCUUUGGAAGAUACACAUGUUUCGGUGGAAUCUUCAAGCCAUAAAAAAGCCGAUGAUGAAUCUUUGGCGAUCAAGAAAUUGUUGCACAUGGAUGAAGACAAGACAACUGCAGAAAAAGUGGUUGACACUGUGAACCCACCAAAGAGUUAUGGGAGACAACUCUCAGUGCAGGAGUUAUUUGAGGGAGCAAAGAAGCAGACCCCAAUGGAACCCCCGUGGUCUGAAAAACAUGCACAGCCCAGGAACAAUGAGGCGAGUGCCCAAGCUAAGGGUCCUUUACCACAGCAACAGCAUCAGCAACAACAACAGCAGCAGCAAGGUGGCUUCCAAGGCAAAAAAGGCUACUCCAGACCGGCCAAUCUGAAUCCAGCAAGUCAUCGGAACCCUGUGAUGGAGCUGUUGACGUUAUGCCAGUCUUUGCAGUUGAAGCUGCCACUGUAUGACUAUAUUCCUAAGAAUGGGAAGUUUGUCUGUGUGGUGUCACUGGUGAACGGCACCCGGUUCCAGGGCUCUCUGUGCAACAGCAGGGAGGAGGCGGCAGAGUCAGCAGCCAGCGUCGCUCUUCUACAGAUGCGUGUUAGCAUGCAGCAGGCUGCUGUGAUGUCGAUGCCAGGGUUCAGACAGCAAGGCCUCCCACAGCAAGGUCGCCAGUUCUCGUCUGCCAACUCAGCGUUCAGUCCUGUCAGCCAGCCACCUGGAAUGUAUGGACACCAGUACCCAAGGGGACAGUUUCAAGGAUUUCAACAGCAAAGGCCUAAUUAUGGGAAUCACAGUCACCAGCAAAACUACUGGGGAAGGCCCCAGAGUGCACCUCAAGCAGCCAAUCAUUAUGCAGCUUACCAGCAGCAGAGCAGGCCAGCCAAUCAGCAGGGCUUUCACAACCAGCGGCAUACAGCCAAUCAGCAGAGUUCUUACGGUCAGGACCAGACUGGAUCAGCCAAUCAGAAUGAAGGAAACAAAGCUGAAAGUGUGCCAUAUGUUCAGCAGACAGCCAAUCAGCCAGCUAAGAGCAAACCAACCAGUGUUGUUACUCCAUUUGUGCCCCUCCAGGUAACUCGGAAACAAACUCCUCAAAAGAACAGAAAAGAAUCUGUAACUGACGACAGUUGCUUGAAAGAAGAUACUGAAAGCAGCCCAAAUACUGACUUAAAUGUGAAUGGUGUAAGUGGGGCCUGCAGUAGUGGAGCAUCAAACAGUCAGGACAGCGGCCCCAGAUCUGUGACAUCUGCUCGCCAGGACUCACAUACACAGGGGCAGACAACCCCACCGAAAACACCCAAGGAGAGACCAGCCCCCUCUUCUGCUGGAAAGUCUGCCAAGAAGUCAAAACGAAGGCUGGCUGCAAACUUUGGUAAUGCAGCAGAUUAGGAGAAUAAACAUCCAUAAUGCGUGAAAAACAUGUUGGUUCCAGGUUUACCAGUCAAACCCUAUCAAACCAGCCCUAGAACAAUUAUAUUUCAUAUUAAUUCAGUUUCAGAAUCAAUAGUUGACCAUCUACUGUAUACCUUAUCUAAUUUUUAGCAUGUUACCUGCAGAAAUUGUUUACACCUUUAUAAUACUGUGCAAACAGUUAACAACAAUCGCAACAAUGACAACACAUGAUAAUUUAUGGUAACAUAUUGUUGGCUUACGUCAUCUUGAGCGUACUACAUAUAUUGACUGAUACAUAGCUUAAUGUAUUGCUAAAAUUUGCUGCAAACAAACAAGUUAGCUCAAGUUAUUAGCUUCAAGCUUAAAUAAAAAUUAUUGUUGUUAGAUAGAAAACUUUUGACCAAUCCACAUGUGCAAUUAUCUAUAAAAAAAAUUUAGAUACACAUUUUAAGGUUAUGUAUCGAGAUUGUGAGUAAUGUUGGAAUAAACACAAAUAUGUUUGUUAAAUAAGUGCUUGUUUAUUGUUGUUUUUGCAAUAGAAGUAGGUAUCUUGACAUAAAUGUAAUACUUUUUAGUUUCUUUAUAACAUAUUAUGAAUGAGUUUAAACAACCCAUCUCAGUAGAGUAUGCACUUAUAAUUCAAUUAAGUGUUUCAUCUUACGUAUAAAAUAUCCGGUAUGAAAUACGUAUAUGUAUACUUCAACCUAUGAAAAAUGUAUGAAUAUAAGUAUAAUAUUGCUGUUAAUUUUUUUUUUCUUAAGGUUCAAGAGGUUUUAGGAAUAAAACCUAAACGAUUACCCACAUAAAGCUUGUAUUGAGCACAAACUUCUGACAAAACACAUGUUUUGCAACAGACCAAGAGCAUAGUAAAGAAUUGUCUACAUUUUUUUGCAAAAAUAUAUGUUAGUCUUGUGACACUGAAUAAUGUUUAUCAACCAAUUUGUCAUUCUAAUUUGUAUCAUUUAAAAACAUGAUAUUAUGCCCACUUGCGUUAUAAUUCUGCACAUCAGAAGUCAAAAACAUUGUGUAAAAAACAAUGGUUAUUGUUUCUUUAUUUCUAAAAAAGAUUACAAUUUAGUUCCUACAAUUGUAUGCACUAUGUCAAGAUUGUUUUUCUCUUUAUCAUUAAUGUUGGACAUUUAAGGAACCGAGCUUCAAGUUUUGUAUUUGAAGGUCUGACAUUAUUAUGAAUUUUUAUUGGACCUUGUUUACGAUAUGUGGAUGAGAUGUUUUACCUUUCAAUUUUAACUAAUUAGUUUUUUUUUAAUAGAAUGUGAACAGAAGUAUACAUGUAUAUAUGUGAGUUACAUAAAAGUUUGUAUUGCUGUUUUAAAUUUAACAUUUGUAUCGUGAAAAAUGUCAGGAACAUGAUAUAAAAGAAGUAAAUACACUUGUUUUCCAUAAUUA